AUGGCUGCUGUCUCCGACCCCGUGGACUUGGGAGCGGCCUGGAGAUCCGCGCGUCCCGAGCCCUGUCCCACCCGCUUCCACCAGGUGCACGGUGCCAACAUCCGCGUGGACCUCUCCGGGACGCGGGCCACACGCGUGGAGAGUUUCGCUCACGGCGUAUGCUUCAGUCGCGAGCCGCUGGCCCCGGGCCAGGUAUUCCUGGUCGAGAUCGAGGAGAAAGAGCUGGGCUGGUGCGGGCACCUGCGCCUCGGCCUGACCGCGCUAGACCCCGCCACUCUGGCCUCCGUGCCCGAGUUUUCGCUGCCCGACCUAGUCAGCCUCGGCCACACCUGGGUCUUCGCCAUUACGCGCCAUCACAACCGCGUGCCCCGGGAGGACCGCCCGGAGGCAGAGGCAUUGGCCCCCAGCCACCCCCCGGCCCUCCUGGUGGAACCGUAUCUGUGCAUCGAGCAGUUUCGCAUUCCCCGCGACCGCCUCGUGGGUCGCAGCCGGCCCGGGCUCUACAGCCACCUCUUGGAUCAGCUGUAUGAGCUGAACGUGCUGCCACCGACCGCGCGCCGCAGCCGCCUGGGCGUUCUUUUCUGCCCACGCCCGGACGGCACUGCCGACAUGCACAUCAUCAUCAACGGCGAGGACAUGGGCCCUAGCGCCCGGGGGCUGCCAGCCGCCCAGCCUCUCUACGCAGUGGUGGACGUGUUUGCCUCCACCAAGAGCGUGCGCCUGGUCCAGCUCGAGUAUGGCUCCUUCUUUCCACAGUGCCGUCCCUGCAGACUCUCUGCCGCCUGGUCAUCCAAAGGAGCGUGGUGCACCGGUUGGCCAUUGAUGGGCUCCACCUGCCAAAAGGACUUAAGGAUUUCUGCAAGUACGAGUAAAGGCCUGCAGCGGCCCUAGAACUGGGCCACGAGCAUGUCCUGGCCCCGGAGCCGGCCAGGCCUGGAAAUAAACACAGCUGAUGCUGACACCCAUCAC